UCUUUGGGGCAGGGAAAAAAAAGCGAACGGGAGAAAGCGGGCAGAUAUGGCAGGCGGUACAAUAUGGUUGGAGGAUGUGCGAGAUGGUGGGCGGGAGGAGGAGGAGAAAGGCGGAGGGCGAGGAGGUGGAGGAGGAGAGAAGAAGACGAAGGGAGGAGGAGGAGGAAAGAAGAAGACGAAAGGAGGAGGACGAGGACGAGGAGAGAAGAAGAGGAAACGAGGAGGAGGAGAGAAGAAGAAAGGAGGAGGAGGUGGAGGAGGAGGAGGAGAGAAGGAGACGAAAGGAGGACGAGGACGAGGAGGAGAGAAGAAGACGAAAGGAGGAGGAGGAGAGAAGAAGACGAAAGGAGGAGGAGGAGAGAAGAAGACGAAAGGAGGAGGAGGAGAGAAGAAGACGAAAGGAGGAGGAGGACGAGGACAAGGAGGACAGAAGAAGACGAAAGGAGGAGGAGGAGGAGGAGGAGAGAAGAAGAAAGGAGGAGGAGGAGGAGGAGGAGGAGGAGGAGGAGGAGAGAAGAAGAAAGGAGGAGGACGAAAGGAGGAGGACGAGGACGAGGACGAGGAGGAGAGAAGAAGACGAAAGGAGGAGAAGAAGAGGAGGAAAAGAGGAGGGAGCGACGAUGGAUGGGCUUCCUUCCAGAUGGCAGCAACGACGACAAGACGGCGAAAGCAAUGGCUUCGAGAUGGCAGCAAUGAGAUGGCAGCUGUCUGCCCACGGUUCGAAACGGCAGCAACGGCGGGCUUCCAGAUGGCAGCAACGGCUUCGAGACGGCGACGAUGGGGAGGGCUGCUCGACGGGCAGCUCGACGAUGUGCAACGACGACGGGUGGGCAAAUGUGGAGAGCUGCUCGACGGCAGUGAAGCGGGGAAUACCGCGUUCGAAUUCAAACGAGGCGUCGCAGGAGACUAAGGGAGGGAAGCGAGCUGCGUCGUAGGUGACCAGGGGGCGGCGGUGAAUCAAAACCGGCGAAGUGU